GACGAUCCUCACUGUAGGUCUCGGUUCAGCCCUCAUUGGAAGUCUUCCUUGAUCAGAACGACAUGGGACGACUCGAUGCGAUUCCGAAAUACCUUCUGACCGACUGCGAGUUCACCGCAUGACAUGAUUGGACAGGACAAUACGAUGGGAUUCGUCCUGUUGUUUGGUGGACAUACCUCAUCAGUGACUUGCAACUCUCGUCAGUGGAAUCGACAGCGCAGUUGCGCCAGAUGUAUCCGGAGCCUCUCUUACCCCGCCUGAUAGGGGUUCCGACCGGCGCGACUGCGAUUAAAUCACACGAUCUCCCUGUGUCAAUCAUGCAAUCGUCAUUGUCUACACCAACGACACUCGAAAACCUGCUCGAGUAUCUACUGCUCGCACUGACGACUAAUGGCGCAUGUUUAACACGCCCGCUCUCAUGAAUUCAAGAGCUAUCAACUCCGUGGGUUCUUCUCGGAUGUAGCUUUGUAGCUGCCAGACGUCUGCCUCUCCAUGUUGAUUUAGGGUCUCCGAACUGUGGCGCUCCGGGCGUCUCACUCGCUCGGCUCCACUCCCACUCACGGUCUCUGAAAACAGAAACCCUUAGCACUGCGCCAUCCGUAACGAGUUCGAUCAUGAUGUAAUAUCUGGAACUGAACAGAUUAGCAGUCUGCUCCGAAGAACACACGCCCCUUACUCGGGAAAGCCGUUGAAUCUGUCGGGGUGGAUAUUAAACCCAAAGGUCGCUGGACGUCUGUGACGCUGUCCUGUCAUAUAUAUAUCAAGACUAGCUGGCAAUCAAGUUCCGUGUCCCUCACUCCCUCGUCGAGCCAUGGAGUCUCCGAACGAUUCUCCGAUAACCUCUCUCUCCGAGUAUGCCACGUUCCCUCAACGUAGCUCUCCCAGCCCGAUGGACCCCGACAAGAGGGAGGAAUCGGAUCGAUUCAAUCUCGAGCGCACUGUACCACCGACGCACAGACAUCGCACUCUCGUCCUCGCGUUCGAUGGGACAGGGGACUGUUUCGACGACGAUAACUCGAACGUGGUGAACUUCUUCUCGAUGCUCAAGAAGGACGACUGCGAACACCAGCUGGUCUACUACCAGGCGGGGAUCGGGACGUAUUCUGUCCCAGAGAUCGCCCACCCGUUCAUGGCGAAGCUCCACCGCACCAUCGACGCCAUGCUCGGCCUACAUCUGAACGCACACGUCAUGGGCGGAUACGAGUUCCUGAUGCAGAACUAUCAGGCGGGUGACAAGAUCUGCCUAUUCGGCUUCUCCCGUGGCGCCUAUACCGCGCGGGCAUUGGCGGGAAUGAUCCACAAGGUCGGCCUAUUGCCCAAAUGUAACCACCAACAAGUAGCCUUUGCGUACAAGAUGUAUUCGCGGGAGGACGAAGUGGGCUGGCGCCAGAGCACAGCGUUCAAACGCGCAUUCAGCAUCGACGUCGAAAUUGAGUUCCUCGGGUCUGGUGUGUGCUAUUCGUGUCGCCUCUCCGUUCUUAUCUACUGAUUCUUACUCGCGCUUGUCCGUGAUUCUUACUCGCAUCCGGCAGGGACACCGUGAGCUCAGUGGGCUUCGUCCCGCGCCGCUUGCCAUUUACGAGGAACAACACGAACGUGCGGUACUUCCGACACGCGAUCGCACUGGACGAGCACCGGGCUCGGUUCCAGCCCAACUUCUGGCACCGCCCGUCGCCCGAUGACCUGCUCCUCGGCGUCCAGAAAGGAGAGAUGCCGCGCUCUAGGCACACGCAGAAGGUCAGCGGCAAAUCGCUCGACGAUCUGGAGCGACAGUACUCGAUCGCAGCGGAAUUCGAGACGGACAUCCAGGAAGUGUGGUUCGCGGGUUGUCACGCCGAUGUCGGCGGCGGUGCGCUCCCGAACAACGCUCGCAACAGUCUUGCCCGGAUAUCACUCCGGUGGAUGAUCCGCCAGUGCUUCGUGGUGCGCACGGGGAUCAUGUUCCAUGCAGAGAUGCUCCGCAUGGCCGGCAUCGACCCGGAUCGGCUGUAUCCGCACGUCCUGCCCCGCCCUCCUCCGAUUAUGCCGGACCCAGACGACGAGCGCAUGCAAGGCAGCACGGAGAUUAAGGGGAAGGUCAUCGCUGACUGGGACUUCGUGAGCGAGGAAGAGGAGGAUCUGGCGGAUGCCAUGACGGCGCUCAACGACGAGCUCUUGCGGCGGAGGAUCUGGUGGUUCCUCGAAUGGUUCCCGCAGAAGCUCAGAUUUCAGGAGAAGAACGAUACGUGGACCAAGGCGAUGAUAAUACAUCGCGGCCGGGGACGCCAUGUCCCCCGUCAGACCACGCACGGAGUGCAUAUCCACCGGACCGUCAAGAUGCGGAUGGACGCGCUGGGAUACAACCCGAGAGCGAACAUCAAGGCAACCACAGAUCCUAUCUGGGUGGACUGAAAUCAUGGCCUGUGGAUCAAUGUAUGAGUUGGAGGAAAAAUGUGGAUGGAAAUAUUUAUUUGAGGAUUGCCGGAGCUCAAAGUGGUUGGAUGUUAAUAGGAAAUCGUGCGCCCACGAUAAGUUGAACAACGAUCACGUGCUGCUCCCGGUCAAUCCACCGACAAACACUUGCAAAUACUCAUUGUUCUCCCCACAAUGCGCGCUCACUGCCCGCAGCCAUUGUCCGAUACAUAAUGGUGAUACCCGUAUAAGAACCACAGGCGAGUCUGUGGGA